GAUGAGCCGUGGAAAAAUCGCAACGCGAUUGAAAAAAGAAUGAAAAUUCUGUUCACAUCUGUCAAAUUCGGAAGUGUUUUUACUCGCGUUUGUUAAGAAUCGUAACUUUUUUUUAAGAAAAAAAGGUCACAUAGAUAAACUCGGCUAUUUUUUUCAAUUUGAAUGUACUCUAACUUGUGCAAGACGUGACGGCAACGACUGUAGUAUUCUCGAAUGUAUUUUUUAAUGAGCGUGCUGUAGCUUUUUUGGUGCACCACCUUUGGAAGUAGGGUGAAAGCAAAGUGGUGAUAGAGAAAUAGUGGUACAUCUAUAGAAAUCCGCAAGAUAAUCCGUUUUGAGAAGGUUUGUUUGUCGUGGCAGCGUAAUUAACAGAAAUCACGAAUGCCCCAACCAGACCGGGACAGCGAGGGUAAUAAUAAAAUGACGAUGAACGACGACGGAAAUGGAACGGUUGUGAACAGCAGCUCUACCACUACAGCCAACAACAAUUCGCUGUCGUCAAAUACUACACCUGCAACUGCGACGAAUGGAACUAACGGAGGCGGAGGCAUAGGACUUGCUGGUGCUAAUAAUAAUGGAAGCAAACAAAACAAUCUCGAUAAACGACCAACUAGUAAUAGUAGCAAUAGCAGCGGCUCGAACUUCCGGUUCAUAAUUCCCAAGUCGAAUGAGAUCGAAACUUUGCCGCAAUUGAAGGACACGUCCCAAAGUGACCGAGAAGAGCUAUUUAUUCAAAAAUUGCGUCAAUGCUGUGUUCUGUUUGAUUUCACCGAACCGCUUAAUGAUCUAAAGUACAAGGAAAUUAAACGUUGUGCUCUGCAGGAGAUGGUCGAGUAUCUGAGCAGCCAGCAGCAAAUAAUCACGGAACCGAUCUAUCCGGAAGCGAUACAGAUGUUCGCCAUGAAUCUUUUCCGUACACUGCCACCUUCGUCCAACCCAAAUGGAGCUGAAUUCGAUCCCGAGGAAGAUGAACCUACGCUGGAGGCAAGCUGGCCGCAUCUACAGUUUGUUUAUGAGCUUUUUCUUAGGUUCCUCGAGUCUCCCGAUUUUCAACCUAGUGUCGCCAAACGAUACAUCGAUCAUGGUUUUAUUCUUAAUUUAUUGGAGUUGUUUGAUUCGGAGGACCCCCGUGAGAGGGAUUUUUUAAAAACUGUUCUGCAUAGAGUUUAUGGCAAAUUUCUCGGAUUGAGAGCAUUCAUCAGAAAGCAAAUCAACAACAUAUUUUAUAAGUUCAUAUACGAAACUGAACAUCACAACGGAAUUGCAGAGCUUUUGGAGAUUCUUGGCAGUAUUAUCAAUGGUUUCGCUCUUCCACUCAAAGAAGAACACAAGCAGUUCCUGCUCAAAGUAUUACUUCCACUGCAUAAGGUCAAAAGCCUGUCCGUGUAUCAUCCGCAACUAGCCUACUGUGUAGUUCAAUUUCUGGAGAAAGAUCCUAGUUUGACCCAACCCGUUAUCAAGUGUUUGCUGAAAUUUUGGCCUAAGACACACAGUCCCAAGGAAGUGAUGUUUCUGAAUGAGUUGGAGGAAAUUCUAGACGUAAUUGAACCGGCUGAGUUUCAAAAAGUAAUGGAGCCACUGUUUCGUCAAAUAGCCAAAUGUGUGUCGAGUCCACAUUUUCAAGUCGCGGAACGGGCUUUGUAUUACUGGAAUAACGAAUACAUCAUGUCCUUGAUAUCAGAAAACUCGAAGGUUAUUCUGCCGAUAAUGUUUCCUGCUUUGAAUAGUAACUCCAAAACACACUGGAACAAGACUAUUCACGGACUGAUCUACAAUGCUAUUAAACUGUUCAUGGAGAUGAAUCAAAAGUUGUUCGAUGAGUGUCAUAAAAAGUACAAGGCCGAGCAAGAGAACGAGCAGGAGAAAUUGAAUCGACGAGAAGAGCUCUGGCAGCAGGUAGAAAGCCUCGCUCGGCAGCAUCCGACUUACGAAAAACUUUGUCUUGUUGAGACCGACGGGUCGAGUUCUAGCGAGCUGGCUCUCGCUACCACAGGAUCCUCUGCUGUGUCUACGGAAAACAGCACGGAUAAGGAUUCAUUAAUAUCGCGAUCCUACAGCAUAACACCUAUGACUCAACAGAAGACAUAAUCCAAAAACGAACCGUUCCGAUUAUCUGGUACGUCUCUUUGAUUUGUCUGUUUUUUUUAGCAAGUACCUUUUUUAAACAUAUGAACGUGUGAAAGAAAUCGAUAGGCAGUUUGAGAAAGCGAACGGUAAUGUUUUUAAAACCUAAGAUGGAGCAAAAUAAAGGAAUUAUUAAUUUAGGUAACACAAAGAGUAAAGAGUUUGCUACAAAACACAAAAUGGAAAAACGGUGUUGAAUAUUUUACUAGGACUGCAAAAACAACAACCGAAAUAUUAUUUUCAUAGGUAAUAGAAAAAGUUAGAUACGGCAAUUCAAUUGACACAUUUCAUAGAUAUGCUUCAGCAGCAAUAACAACUAGCCACGCUGCAAUCGGUGAGCUUCGUGCUAGAUGGCAUCUUUAGGUUACUAUUCGUUUCAGUUUAAAACUUUAUGAGACUCUGUUAUAGAUUCUAAGUUCUUUCGAGCGGUUGUGCCGAUUUGCGGAAGCGACUAUGAUGAUUAUUAUACACCUAUUACCACUACUCUUUCUUCUCUUUAUGACAGAAGACUCUAUCUGUGCUAUUACUGUUUACGUAGAAUGCAACACAAAUGCUAUAAAUAAUAUAUACAAAUAAACGCUACUUUAUACAAAAUUGAUGCAUGGAAGUUCUGACAGGCGAUACAAGUAAAAUCGUAUAAGUCAGUUUAAAGUGCUUAAGUAAAAUCUUUUGACGUGAUGAUGAACAAAAGUGCGACAUUAUUCACAUAGGAUGUAAUAACAAAUUGAAGAUGACCUCAAAGUCAUGUGCGUUACAAGUAUUUUUACGAUCCAGACGCAGUAAAAAAGAACAUCGUUUGACAAAAAGUAAUUUUUUUUUCUCGUCGCCAGUAAGAGAAGUAAAACAGAGUAUUCCAAUGUUUCAGUUUGGUCGUGACACACACAAGCACGAAAUAUUAGUUGAAACUGAGAUGGCAAAGAAAUUAUUGUUAGGAAUUUUCACUAAUAAAAUCAAGAGAAAGUGCAA